CUUUGCAGGUUUCUUCGCAAAUAUCUAAGAAGAAGGAAGACCCUGGAGCAACUACUUUGUUGAUGUGAGCAAUCUAUAGCAGCUGGAAAAGGGACAGCCACAGUUAUCAGACGGGCAACGCUGGACGAUGUUAAGCCAGAUGUUCUACGCUGUUUUUGUGUUCAGAUGGAUAAGCCCAACUGUCGUAGAAUGUUCAAGUUGUGAAGAGAACGGGCAAACAGUUCUCUGCACUGAAGGUACGGCGUUCGUUCCUGAUGCUGAUAACCUAAGGGGCGCCGAGGAGAUUCUUGAAAAAGAGGAGACAUUUGUGCAAGUUUUAACGUCGAGACAGCCAUCGUUUAUAGACAAUUGCCAUUGUCUGCAAUCCGAAUACGUUGGAUAUAUUUCACCACGGCAAAUAGAGCGAACCGUGUCGUGUUACAUGGCCAUUCAAUUUGGACAUUUUCAGAACGCAAUGAUGAAAGUCACGAUGAAUGUUAUGAUCUUGGUAGAGAAAGAAGGCAGCGCCACAUCACUCAGCCUCCUCAGAUUAGGUUCCAGUCAGCUUCCGUUUCAUCUUCCCCAUAAAGUCACUGUGCUUUAUGCCAACCCUCAGUGCAUUGUACUGCAGUAUACCGUAGCUACAAACGAGGAAAAGAGCUGCUCUGUUUGGGAGCCAGUGAAAGCUUCAGGAGAAAAUGAGACAGGCUGCUUUCACACCUUCUACAAAUACUGUGGAGCUGAAGUAGUGUUCUCAUUUCUCGAACGUCGUCAUCGCUGCAAGAUACAUGACCAGCUAGCUCAAGAGGCGCCGCGACACAGUCAAUUAAACUGAGGUCAAUAAUAAAUGCGUUUGUGUACCUGGACUACUGACCCUGAAA